AUGUCUGAACCUGCGCCGACUCCCCCUCCCGAUACACCCUAUCCCGCGUCUCCGGUCGCACCUUUAUUGGACGACGAUGCCCUCCCCGCCGCCGCGGCGUCGCCCCCUUCGCGCGAUCCCGGUGCCACUUCACCCGCCCCCGACGUUGAAAACGACGAUGGACGCCCGCGCACUCCCACUGGGAAACAACCUCCUGUUUGCGAAUUUAAUACACCGGUUUCUGUCCCAUCCAACCGGCCGCUCGCCUCCGGUCGAAACUUCCAGAGUCAAGACGUCGGUCUGGCGACGUUGAAGACAGAGGCCGGGACUGAGGCAUCACGAUUACAUGUUGGCCCAGUGUCGAUGAAGGAUUUCAUGCGCCUUACCUUCCAGCGUCACUUUUCGGAAGUGGUAGAGGACGUCUCGCAGAGAAUAUCACCUGAUGAUCAGGCCCGAGUAUCGGCCAGGCUAAGCAAGAUUCCCCCUGGAGAGGUAGUUGAACGCAAAAUGUAUACACCCUUGAAGGAAGGAAUGAAUGACAUGUGCUCGUCUCUGUGGAAAGAGAACAGUCCUAUUGAGCUCGAGACCGUGGAGAGCACGAAGGAUCCGCAGGACCCGGGGACACCUGACUUGAUUAUAAAGGAGAGUGGCAUGGGCCUAUGCCCGUGGCCAUGCGCAUUGGCCUUUGUGGAGGUCAAGCCUCAGGAUAAGCAGGAUCCUUUCUAUUACACCGACGGCUCCUCCGCAAAGGUCGUGUAUGAUUACCAGCUUAAAGUGUGGGAUCAAAUCUCGUACUACGCCACAGUCUCGUUCAGGCGCCGGCCUCGCUGCUUUCUCUGCGGCAUUGGCGUUUUUGGAAAUCGCGCUCGAUUCUUUCGCUUCGAUCGCUCUUCGAUAUUGGUAUCCGAGGCCUUUGAAUACAAGGAGAAUCCAGAACCACUCUGGCAAUUCUUGGCUGGCUUCGGCGCCCAGGGUUACUAUGGUAGUGGCGUGGACCCCACGAUAGACUUCGAGGUCCACGAUCACGACGCGCUCCUCCUGGAAAAGAUCCAGAAGGCAAGGGCGAAACGCCUACUCUCUGAAGAAACUGAGAAACUACACGAUGACACCCUGCGAGCGCAGAGCAGUACCAUCAGAGUUCCGUCCAAGGACGGUGCGAAACUCGAGCAGUACAUCACCGUCGGCCCACCUUUGGUGACCUCGACAGCGCUCCUUGGUCGCGGGACGUGCACCUGGCUCGCCUUCCCUGUCCCCGGGACCGUCGAAAAUCCGGAGCGCAGCAAUGAAGACCACUUCGUAAUCAUCAAGGAUUCUUGGCGGGACCCUACUCGCAGACUCGAGGGCGAUAUAUACGACAUUAUCCAUGGCGGCAAGGAUCACGUUCCCGGCGUGGCAAGGAAGCGCAGCGAUGUGGAUCUGGUCGAACCGCCCGACCCGAACAGCGAGAUGCAUCGGACGCUCGCCCACGUACUGAACACCCAUAUACUGGAUAAGAAUGCACCUCGCAAGUGCCCUCCUCGCGUCCAUCAUCGCUGCAUCCUCAAUUCCGUCGGGAUCCAUCUCAGUCGAUUCUUAUGCACUCGCGAGGCGUUGGAAGCGAUCUAUGACUCGCUCUUACGUCACGAACAGAUGAGCAAGAAGGAUAUACUCCAUCGGGAUAUCAGCGUGAAUAAUAUCAUGAUCAGCGCUUACCCCGAGGUGGAGAAAUGCAAAGGCUUCCUCAUUGAUGUCGAGUAUGCCACUGUUGUCGGGGAGCCCGGAAGCGAGUCGGAUCUACGUGAGAUCACGGGUACCAUCCAAUUCCUAUCGAUUGCUCGCCUUCGGAAGACUCCUCAGUUACCCGCUCACGAGACUUGGAACGACCUCGAAUCAUACUUCUGGACUAUUGCAUACCUCUACAUUCACCACAGGCCACACACCUUGUCGGAGCAGGUUAUCAGUGAAAUCUUCGCCCUUUGCCACCCGGACCUCAGAACCACCAUGGUCAGAACGCAUGUGGAGACGAUGGAGAUUCUGUGCGGCCCUGACGAAAACAGUGAAGGCGGCGCUCGAGACCAACGGGAGAACGUCCCGUUGACCUCCUGUAUUCGUCGGCUUGCGGAGCUCGUGAAGAGCCACUACCAAGACAAAGAUUGGAUUAAAAAAGCUUAUGCAACAUUUCCGGAUAUGUUCUUUCAACUCACGACCCACGAGACGAUAAAGGAGGUCAUACGCGAGGCUUUGGACUGCGAUCGCUGGCCUUCCAACGAUGGCGCUACCCCCUUCCGCCUUAUACAAGCACCGGAGAAGGCUGUACACGCCAACACGGCAGCAAACCUCGUGUCUGGGAUCGAGUCCAGCCAGACAUCCGAAAGCGGGAGCAAGCGCAAGCGGGACGACGACGAGGGCUCAUCAGCGAAACGCGCUCGUCCUACUGGUGCCGACGGCCAGGCUGGAGAAACGGAAACGGGAAUAGUGGGGAAGGAGGAGACCGAGGAGGAGACCGAGGAGGAGAAGAGGGAGAAGGAGAAGGAGCGCAUGAAUAAGGUGGAUCGGUUCGAGGAGGGGCCGGUUAUGGGGGGAUGGGGGAUGUGGAGGAUGUGGCAAAUGGGGAGGGGGGCGUAG